GUCCGGCCCGGCCCGAGGUUUGUGCAAUCCCGAUAGGAGAGAGGCGAAGUAGAUCGCUUUUCAGCGACACGCCGUCACACACGCCGUCGUACAAAACAAAGGUUCCAGGCAAGUAUGACGACAUAUCAGCCAGGACCGGAACCUCUCCUCCCUGGCAUGAAGCGAGGCCAGACGUUGCAACAGUUCAUGGCGCAAUGGGGAACAUCUGAUGGGAUGAAGACGCAUGAACUCAUCGACCGAGUUAUAAGAUUUCUGAGAAAUAACGUUCCAGUUAGUGUUGCGAAGAUCGUCAAGGGUGGAUCUAUUGGAAGGAACACUUCUUUCUGCUCUCCCUCCGACGUGGACAUCUUCGUCUUCUGUAAUGACUUGAGGUCUGUUCCUGACAUGAAAACACAGACAAGUAGUCUUCUCCACAUAAUCAGAUCUAAGCUGGACUCUCCACAGUGGCUACCAUCAGCUGGGGCUAUAGGAACCGUGGAAUGCACAGAUCACUCAAUCUCGUUUCUUCUGACAUGCUACGACUUGGAACAACAACUCAUGAUACAAAUAUUCCCUGUGUAUGACAUCCUCAAAUACAAAAACGAGCACGAUGUGUACAUAGACAUGGGAGAACACUCUGAUGCUGUCAAAAAAUGCUACUCAUUGUGUCUGGCAGAGAUACAGAUCGAAUUCAUCAAACGGGCACCGAGCAAAGUACACUCCCUCAUGAAACUCAUGAAAUACUGGCUGAAGGAGGAUGUGCAGAUUGACACGGGCAGUUACUUCAUAGAGACCAUGGUCAUGCACAGAUGGCAGCGGGCAGGAAAACCGAAUGAUUUUAACAUAUCUGACUGGUUUGAAGAGAUUAUGACACAGUUGGCGGACCUCUCGUCACUUAGUAUUAUAUGGGAAGAUAGAUACACAGCAAGCAACUACAGGAUCGUCCCAACCAAACCGGUUGUGUUGGACCCUGCAAACCCCCACGAAAACGUCAUCCCCGAUCGACGAAGCUGUGCAGAGAUUAUGGAGUGUGCCAGAAUUGUGGUCAGUCGGAGCCAACAACUGAAGAACUACCUAAAAGAAGGCCCUGCUCCAAUCAUUGAAGGGAUGGGUAGAGGGGAAUCCCUACAACACUUUAUCCAGGACAAAGUACAGCCUAGCAGUGACUUCCGCCGGAAGUGCGACCACCUGGUAGAUCGCGUGACGUACUUCCUGCAACAUCACGCGCAUCUCAGCGUCAACAUGGUUGUCAGAGGAGGUUCACUUGGAAAAAGCACCAAUGUUUUUGGAAAGUCGGACGUCGAUCUUGUGGUGUUUGUAAACAACAUCAAGUCUGUCGAAGACCUUUCAAUGAAAAUGCCAGUCCUGCUGAAUAUUUUGGAAGAAGCCUUGAACUCCAAGUGGACGGACUUUGCAGGAUGUUUGGAGCAGGGAAACCGCUCGGACCGGGGACUGCAGUACAACCUCAGUUGCGGAGAAAGCGACCAUUUCCAUGACGUGGACAUCUUGCCUUCCUUCAACAUUCUCCGAGUAAAAACUCCAGAUGAGGUGUUCACAGAAAUGAAAUCAAAGACGGACAAUGAGAGGAGGCUGUACGCGCCAUGUUUUUCUCAGAAACAGGUGGACUUCGUUAAGCAAGCUCCUAUCAAAGUGAAGAAUCUGAUACGGCUUGUGAAAUACUGGGCAAAGGUAGAAGUCAACAGAGAAGUCAAAGCUGUCACGUCAUUCUUCCUGGAACUAGUUGUCAUCUCCCAUUGGAAGAAGAACGGCUCCCCAUUCGACUUCGUCACCCAGGAUUGGUUCCGGGAGGUCAUGACCAAGCUGACCGAUCUGACGUCACUGCGGAUACUGUGGCCCGACCAAUACGACGCAGCUUUGUACUAUGUAUUUCCGUACGAUCAUCUGCGAUAUAAGACGGAUGAAUAUAAGAUGGAGGAAAAAUCCUAGCAUCUCUGGCAGUUUCUGUGCAUGAGAAGGA